AUGUCUACGGCCGCCCGACGCCGCUUGAUGCGCGACUUCAAGCGCAUGCAGACGGAUCCCCCUGCCGGCGUGUCUGCCUCCCCCAUCCCGGACAAUGUCAUGACCUGGAACGCCGUCAUCAUCGGACCGGCCGAUACGCCCUUUGAGGACGGCACGUUCAGACUCGUCAUGCAGUUCGAAGAGCAGUAUCCCAACAAGCCGCCGCAAGUCAAGUUCAUCAGCCAGAUGUUUCACCCCAACGUGUACGCUACGGGCGAGUUGUGCCUGGAUAUCCUGCAAAACCGAUGGAGCCCUACAUACGACGUGGCUGCCGUCUUGACGAGCAUUCAGAGCCUGCUCAACGAUCCCAACACGGGCUCGCCUGCCAACGUCGAGGCCUCGAACCUGUACAAGGACAACCGAAAGGAGUACACUAAACGGGUCCGAGAGACGGUUGAGAAGAGCUGGGAGGACUGA